UUUACCGAAUUUGCUGCCAGGGCAUCUCACUAUGGAAUCUGGCGAUACGGCAGCGCAAUCGUCCAAGCAGCUGAAUGAGCUAGCCGCGCAAGUGUUCGAGAAAACGGGACAGUACAUUCAGAGCGAACUGUCAGCCACACUGGACGAUUAUAGGUUAACUGAGGAGAUGAACAAGGCCACAGUAGCGAAGUACAGCGACAUGCAACAAAUUGCCGGCAGCGUCACCAAAGCCCUGAAAGACCUUAACGGCAAGUGUGAGUGCCUUAAACCAUACCUGGACCAGAUUGACGAAGUAGAGGACAGCGUUGCCAAGCUGGAGCAAGUAGCAUACAAGCUGGACGCUUACUCUAAACGCCUCGAGGUGAAGUUUAAAGCCCUCGAGAAACGCUGAUCUGAGUGAUCUCGCCAUUGUAAAACAGGCGUGGCUUCAGUCCGAGAACUGUUCCUUGCUGCUGGUGUUGAGGUGGUCCACCAAACCCAGGUGCAUUGUAGUGGCUUCAUAUGUAAAUAAAUAAUCUGACCGUAUGAAAAAAAAAAAAAAAUUAUUUCUUUGUCUUCUGCCAUGUGUCAUCCGGGCUGUGCUGAACAGGUUGUGCUGAAUAGGGGACCCUGAUCAUGAUAAGGAAAUUUGCAGAAGAAUAAAAUUGGGUUGGAGUGCA